GGACGAGGGUCGGAACGGCGGCAAGGAUAUGGCGGAGACCAUUAUAAUCCGUGUCCAGUCACCAGAAGGAGUGAAACGUAUUACUGCAACAAAACGAGAAACUGCUGCAACAUUUCUGAAAAAGGUUGCAAAAGAAUUUGGCUUCAGAAAUAAUGGAUUUUCUGUGUACAUCAAUAGAAACAGGACUGGUGAGAUCACAUCCUCUCCUAAUAAAUCUCUCAACUUACUGAAGAUCAAGCAUGGAGAUAUGCUAUUUCUUUUUCCAUCAAGUGCAGCUGGCUCUUCCUCCGAGAACAUGGAUACCUCAUUUUUUCAAGGAACACGUCCGCUAGGUGUUCCCCAGGUGGUAGAAGAUGAAAUUGAUCAAUACCUAAUAAAACAGGAUGGGAAAAUUUAUAGAAGCAGAGACCAGCAAUUAUGUCGACAUGGUCCAUUGGGUAAAUGUGUACAUUGUGUACCUUUAGAGCCUUUUGAUGAGGAUUAUUUAAACCAUCUGGAACCUCCUGUGAAGCAUAUGUCAUUCCAUGCCUACAUCAGGAAACUGACCGGAGGUGCAGAUAAGGGAAAGUUUGUUGCUCUUGAAAACAUUAGCUGCAAGAUUAAAUCUGGAUGUGAGGGGCAUCCUCCAUGGCCAGAAGGAAUUUGUACCAAGUGCCAGCCAAGUGCUAUCACACUCAACAGGCAGAAAUAUAGACACGUGGAUAAUAUCAUGUUUGAGAACCAUACAAUUGCAGAUCGUUUCUUGGACUUCUGGAGAAAAACAGGAAACCAACAUUUUGGAUAUCUAUAUGGGAGGUACACAGAACAUAAAGACAUUCCUCUGGGUAUUCGAGCUGAGGUUUCUGCCAUCUAUGAACCUCCACAGAUUGGUACACAAAAUAGUCUAGAGCUCCUGGAAGACUCAAAAGCAGAGAUUGUGGAUGAGAUUGCUGCAAAACUUGGCCUGAGAAAGGUUGGCUGGAUAUUCACAGAUCUGGUUUCAGAGGACACACGGAAGGGGACUGUUCGCUAUAGCCGAAACAAGGAUGCCUAUUUCCUUAGUGCAGAAGAAUGCAUUACAGCUGGGCAUUUUCAGAACCAGCAGCCAAACAUAUGCCGCUUGUCUCCAGAUGGACAUUUUGGGUCUAAGUUUGUGACUGUUGUGGCUACAGGGGGUCCUGACAACCAAGUUCACUUUGAGGGCUACCAAGUAUCUAAUCAGUGCAUGGCUCUAGUGCGUGAUGAAUGUUUGUUGCCAUGCCGUGAUGCUUCAGAACUCGGCUAUGCAAAAGAAUCCAGCAGUGAACAAUAUGUGCCUGAUGUCUUCUAUAAGGAUAUAGACAAGUUUGGCAAUGAGAUCACUCAGCUAGCUCGUCCUCUCCCUGUUGAGUACCUAAUCAUAGAUAUUACUACCACAUUUCCAAAAGAUCCAGUUUACACAUUUUCUAUUUCUCAAAAUCCAUUCCCUAUUGAGAAUCGUGAUGUACUGGGAGAAACUCAGGACUUUCACAUUCUAGCUACAUAUUUGUCCCAGAAUACCUCUUCUGUGUUCCUUGACAUCAUCUCUGAUUUCCAUCUUCUCCUCUUCUUGGUCACCAAUGAAGUGAUGCCUUUAAGGGACAGUAUCAGCUUGUUGCUGGAGGCAGUAAGAACCCGGAAUGAAGAUCUCGCUCAGACCUGGAAAAAAUCUGAACAGUGGGCUACCAUUGAGCAGCUUUGCAGCACAGUGGGUGUUCAGUUGCCAGGACUCCAAGAAUAUGGUGCCAUGGGCAGUUCAACACAUGCAACAACUUCUUCAAUGUGGGCUUGUCAGCACUGCACCUUCAUGAACCAACCAGGCACAGAUCAUUGUGAGAUGUGUAGCCUCCCACGGAGCUAGGCCCUGUUUGGCUUGGUGAUCGGGGCGGCCAUUACAGACCAACUGGCAGAAAUACAGAGGCAAACCUUUAGCCAGGCAGGACUGUUCUUCCUCCUGGGAUAAUGUACUGUGUGGGGCGGGGCAGGACAGGAAAGGGGGGG